GCACUAGGUCUGGCCAGGGUGUGAUGGAGAAACGGUCUUCUAGGCGGGAGUCAAAAUGUUUUCGCCGAGGUGGGCUCCCCCGAGCCUAAGUUUCACCCCUGCGUAUAUGUGGCAUAACAGGUCCUUUCUUGAGAGAAGGACUUGGAUGAUAUGCAUCUGGAGAUUUCCCCCCCACCUGGAGCCAAGAGAAAAGGGUGCCUAGGGUAUACUACAAACUUCCAGAUGUUGGUUUUGGGGAUUCAGCAGAGAAUGAGGGUCACAUCCUCUUUUCAUCCAUAAGCCACUCUCCCCAACAGCUCUUCCAUCAUCUACUGUCUUCAUGUCAACCUUACUUCUCAAUCUGGAUUUUGGGGAACCUCCCCCAAAAAAGGCAUUAGAGGGGAAUGCCAAGCACCGAAAUUUUGUCAAGAAGCGGCGGUUCUUGGAACGGAGAGGCUUUUUGAAUAAGAAGAACCAGCCCCCUACCAAGGCUAGCAAGGUGCCUAGGUUGCACUCAGAACCUCCAAAGAAAAGGGAAACUCCUAGGGUAGAUGGCACUUGGAAGGGCCCUCCUGCCCCAAAAAAGAAGAAGAAAGCUGCCUCCAGCAAUGAGUCAGAGCAGUCCCUGGACAAGAAAGCUACAGUGUCUUGGCUGACCCCAGCCCCUUCACAGAAGGCUGAUUCUGUUGCAGCUAAAGUAGAUUUGCUGGGGGAGUUCCAGAGUGCCCUUCCAAAGGUUAAGAGCCAUCUAACUCAUUCCCAGAAGAAGGGUCCCCAGAAGAAUCCUCGGAAGAAUGUUCCGCAGAAGAACUCCACUCAAGCUCACUCAGAGAAUAAAUGCAUGGGGGUAGCCCAGAAGAUGCCAAGGAAGAUGGUGGCAAUUGACUGUGAGAUGGUGGGCACAGGACCCAAGGGGCAUGUCAGUUCUUUGGCUCGAUGUAGCAUUGUCAACUACAAUGGAGAUGUGCUUUAUGAUGAGUACAUCCUUCCCCCCUGUCCCAUUGUGGACUACAGGACCAGAUGGAGUGGUAUCCGGAAGCAGCAUAUGGUGAAUGCCACACCCUUCAAGAUUGCUCGGAGCCAGAUCUUGAAGAUACUCACAGGCAAGAUAGUGGUGGGGCAUGCCAUCCAUAAUGACUUCAAAGCUCUUCAGUACUUUCAUCCCAAGUCCCUCACCCGCGACACCUCCCAUAUCCCCCUUCUCAACCGUAAAGCUGACUGCCCAGAGAACGCCACCAUGUCUCUGAAGUGUCUCACCAAGAAGCUGCUGAACCGGGACAUCCAGGUUGGGAAAAGCGGACAUUCCUCUGUGGAAGAUGCUCAGGCUACCAUGGAGCUCUAUAAGUUGGUUGAAGUUGAGUGGGAACAGUACCUGGCCCAGAAUCCCCCAAAAGACUAGCAGCAGUGGGGACGCUGGUGAUGGGAGGCAGAGGCAGCACCCAGGAGAAACAGGGCAGCUGAUCCAUUGGACAGCUCUACCAGCUCCACACCCUUGGGAGAUAAGAUUGCUGGGGAGUGACAGGCUCUACUCCAGACUUAAUAUCCAUUGAUACUUCACCUCAGAUGUUAUGUUCUGUGUCUGGUUAAGUGUCCCAUGGAAGUGGGAAACCCUCCAUGUCAGAAUCCAGCCCUAUACUGUUUACCUCUUAAAUGGUGCUUGCCACAGGUCCCAGGAUGUUUGCUUCCAGUCAAGCUUUUUUGACCUUUCAAGGGGCAGGGCAUACUGGGAAAUGUUUCUCAAACUGCCUUACCACUAGGAUGACCAUGUGUCCCGUUCAUGCCUUUUGUCCUCAAGUAAUUAAUAAGCACUCACUUUGACUCUAAGAAGUAUUCUAGUUUGGGCGAUAUCCAGUAUGGUCACAUUAUAUAUCACAGACCUCCGUGCCCUUGGGUUCAGAGUCCCCAUCUAGGCCAGGUUGGAUAUUAAGUCAUUCGUCCCACCCUGACUUCCAGAGGAGCCAUCAUGGUGAGGUUGAGUUCUCCUUAGGGUUACAAAGCAGAUGGUAAGAGAGUAUAGGCUUGGAAAUGAACUUUUCCAAUUUAGGCAGAGCAGUCUCUUUCUUAACGUAAUAGAGGAUUUAUUUAACUUUGGCUCCUGCUGGUUAAAAAGAAUUUAAAGGUUUUAAUGGUUUUUAGUAUUCUCUGACCUUGCUGCACCAAGCCUCUAAAAUCUCAAAUUGGUCCCUUGAUAAAUUUUUUAA